AUCUCCCCAGUAUUCAUUCCUCUACCAAUUCAACUGAAAGCAAUAACAAUGGCGGUUCUUGAGCUUCUUCUGGUCGGAGUUCUUGCCACGUUGUCCCCGGUGCAUGGCUACUGGGGCUGGAGCAGCGCUCGCGCCACCUUCUACGGCGGCGGAGAUGCUUCUGGAACAAUGGGCGGAGCCUGCGGGUAUGGGAACCUGUAUAGCUCAGGCUAUGGCACCAACACGGCCGCACUUAGCACCGCUCUGUUCAACAAUGGGCUCAGCUGCGGGUCCUGUUUCCAGAUAAGGUGUGUGAACGACCGGUCCUGCCUCCGCGGCGUAAUCACCGUCACCGCCACCAAUUUCUGCCCGCCCGGAGGCUGGUGCGAGCCCCCCAACCCCCACUUUGAUCUCUCGCAGCCUGUUUUCUUGAGAAUUGCCCAGUACAGAGCCGGAGUUGUUCCCGUUGCUUACCGACGGGUGCCUUGCAGGAGGAGUGGAGGAAUCAGGUUCACCAUUAACGGCCAUGCUUUCUUCAACCUAGUACUAGUAACCAACGUGGGCGGCUCCGGCGACGUACACGCCGUGUACAUCAAAGGAUCAAGAACCGGCUGGCAAAUGAUGUCCAGAAACUGGGGCCAAAACUGGCAGAGCAACGCCAACCUCAACGGCCAAAGCCUCUCAUUCCGGGUGGUCACCGGCGACGGCCGCAGCGUCGUCUCCUACAACGCCGCUCCCCCCGGCUGGUCCUUCGGCCAGACCUACUCCGGCGCCCAGUUCCGCUAGGCCGGAAUUCAUCAAACACCCCCAUAUUUUUUUCCCGCCAUAUAUAUAAUCUCCAAACCUAUACAUAACUAAAGCCUACACCAUUUUUACAAGUUUGAAAUGCAAUUAAAGUCAUGGGGAUGGGAAAAUGUUGAUCAAGUUUCCGGCCGCCCUCUCUCACUUUUUUUUCUAAAAGGGAUUGGUUUUGAUCGAAAGCCCUUUUGGCCAUGAAAAUUGGCCAUUCAAUCAACAAGAAUUGAAGCAGAGUUGAAGUGGUAGUUAGUUAUAUCAAGAUUGUGCUACCCCAUGACUAGCUUAGUACUGCAUUAUUUAUGUGAUUAUUAUUAUUAUGCAGACAAAAUGUAUCUGCAUACCUACCCUGUGGAACAACAUUAAUUUUUUUUUCCUCGUCUUCUUCGUCGUCGUUUGUAAUUAGUAUAGCAUUAAGGUUAAACAGCUAAUGCUGAGUGUGGAGACAGUUAAUUGUAUGUUAUAUGAAGGUAAGAUGAAUGAAACCUUCAAGCUUGUUCAGACUUUAUUGUCAUUCUUAUAACCCCAGAUAAUAUAAUAAUGUUUCUGCAA